AUGCGCCUACGCGUGUGCACAGUGACCGAGAUGCGCCUAUGCGUGUGCACCCUGACCGAGACGUGCCUAUGCAUGUACACCGUGACCGAGACACGCCUACAUGUGUGCACCGUGACCGAGACGCGCCUACGUGUGUGCACUGUGACAGAGACGCGACUACGCGUGUGCACCGUGACCGAGAUGCGCCUAUUGACCGAGACGCGCCUACGCAUGUGCACCGUGACCGAGACACACCUACGCGUGUGCACCGUGACCAAGACGCGCCUACGCGUGUGCACCGUGACCGAGACACACCUACGUGUGUGCACCGUGACAGAGACGCGCCUACGCGUGUGCACCGUGACCGAGACGUGCCUACGCGUGUGCACCGUGACCGAGACGCGCCUAUGCGUGUGCACCGUGACCGAGAUGCGCCUACGCGUGUGCACCAUGACCGAGACGCACCAACGUGUGCACUGUGACCGAGGUGCUCCUACGCGUGUGCACUGUGACCGAGGCGCACCUACGCGUGUGCACCGUGACCGAGGGGCGUCUACGCAUGUACUGUGA